UUCUAUGACGAAUUUUUAGAUAAAAAUGAAAUUUGUAAAAUAUAAUAACUUGUAUAAUAAAUUUAUGAUUAAUUUUGAUAGAAAAUUAUCAAAUAAUAAUAGAGUUAUUAAAAUUUUGGGUAUUGAAACAAGUUGUGAUGAUACGGGUGUUGCUAUUGUUGAUAGCAAUGGGAAUAUUCUAGGUGAUGCUUUACAUUCGCAACUUGAUGUUCAUUUGAAAUACGGAGGAAUAAUUCCACCGGUAGCUAGACAAUUGCACAGAGAAAAUAUAACAGAUGUAUGUGAAAAAGCUUUGCGGUCAGCUGGGUUAAGAUUACGAGAUGUUGAUGCAAUAGCCACGACCCUUAAACCAGGUCUGGCUUUGUCACUGAUGAUUGGUAGGAAUUUUGGUAAAUAUUUGUCGAGAGUAGGCAAUAAACCAUUUAUUCCUAUUCAUCAUAUGGAAGCACAUGCUUUGACCGCAAGAAUGAUUGAAAAGGUUGAUUUUCCGUUUCUGGUUCUAUUAAUAUCAGGAGGUCACUGUUUACUGGCACUUGUAAAAAACAUCAGUGAAUUUUAUAUUCUUGGUAAAUCAAUUGAUGAUGCUCCUGGUGAAGCAUUUGAUAAGACAGCGCGUAGAUUAAAAAUGAUUAAUCUACCAGAAUAUUGGGGUAAAAAUGGUGGGCAGGCAAUAGAGUUAGCGGCAAGUAAAGCAACGAAUCCAGAACAAUUUGAAUUCCCAUUUUGCAUGACGCAUUAUCGUGACUGCAACUUUAGUUUUGCUGGACUAAAAAACAGCGUAAUGUCUCAUAUUAAACGCCAAGAAUUGAAGUCAAAAGUAAUAGGUGAUGAAAUUAUUCCAGACAUUGAAAAUCUCUGUGCUGGAUUCCAAUUAGCUAUUGCUAAACAAAUAUCUCUUAAAACAAAACGAGCUAUGGCGUUUUUGGAUAUGAAAAAUUUAAUUCCUCAUGAUCAGCGUACUCUGAUUGUAUCAGGAGGAGUUGCGUGUAAUAAUUUUAUUGCAAAAGCAUUAGGAAUAGUCUGCAAUGAGACGGGUUAUCGUUUAGUACGUCCUCCACCCCAACUGUGUAUGGACAAUGGUAUAAUGAUUGCUUGGAAUGGAAUUGAACGAUGGAAUGCUGAUGCUGGAGUACUUAGAGAUCCAGUUGAAAUUGAAAAAGUUAAUUCAGAGGCUAGAGCGCCGCUUGGUGAAGACUGGACGCAAUUAAUUAAAGACGAAGAUAUUAAAUCCAGCAACAUAAAAACUAGAGAUUUAUACCCUUGAUUAAAUAAUUAAUUAAUUUUAAAUGUAAAUAGUGUAAAUAGUUUGUUUUUUUUAAAUAGCAAUUACUAAAAAAUUAUUUAAUAAGAAU